AUGGCUGUUGCUAGCAUGACACCACCCACUCAGCCAGCCAGCAAUAAGAGGAAGCAGUCCGCUGCAGGCAUCUCCACUAGUGGCAGAAAUGUCAAACGAAGAGCGUCAAAGGCUUGCCACUGCUGCCGCUCUCGCAAAGUUCGCUGCGAUGUAGUCGAAAGCGGCAUUCCAUGCACCAACUGCCGACUGGACGAGGUCGAAUGCUUGGUCACCGAGGGCAAGCGGCGAAGGAAAUCUUAUGUCGAUGGCGACAUUCUUCAUCACUCUCCCGCUGCAUCCGUGGCCGAUGAAAAAGACGUUCCAUUGUUCCCCAUCUUCGACGACAUGGAUGGUCUGAACGACCUUUCCAUGUCUUUAGAUGCUGGCGUGCCUGCUUCUAACAGCAUGAACCCUCUUGAUGACACGCUGAGCCAGCACCGUCCUCACAUGAUCUACCAGACUCAUGGACAUCGUAUGACGAACGACGAACGCAAUCGUCGGAUGUCUGCCAUAAGCAUGACUGCACGCAUGCCACCCUUCAAUUCACCAUCCUCAAUGCCGGGUAUGGCACAGUACUUCGCACAACAGAGUCAGAGGCCCGAGAGCCAUCUGCCUGCCUACGUUCGGCCGGUAGGACCAAACAUCAUGACCGAGGAUCUGGCUUACCUCGAACGACGUGGUGCUUUCAGCUUUCCGGAACCAGGUCUCCGCAACGAACUGCUCCGCUGCUACGUCCAGUACGUGCAUCCAAAUUUGCCCCUCCUGAAUCUGCAGGACUUCCUUGCAGCGAUCAACAACAACGACCCGAAUGGUACCGUCAGCUUGCUUCUUUUCCAAGCUGUUAUGUUCGCUGGAACAGGCUUCAUCGACAUGCGGUAUCUAGUCGCACAAGGCUACGACACUCGCAAAGCAGCCCGUAGGGCGUACUUUCUCAAAUGCAAGGCACUGUACGAUCUUGAUUAUGAGCUGGACCGCGCCGUUCUCGUCCAGGCGGUUCUACUGAUGACCUACUGGUACGAGGCUCCAGACGACCCUAAGGAUAUCUGGCAUUGGCUGGGUGUCGCCAUUUCUUUAGCCCGCACCAUUGGCAUGAACUGCGACACCUCCAAAUCCGGCAUGGACCUAAAAACUCGACAUCUUUGGAAACGACUAUGGUGGUGCUGCUUUACACGCGAUCGACUGAUCUCGCUGGGCAUGCGACGGCCAUUGCGCAUUCACGAUGGCGACUCGGACCUGCCUAUGCUAGAAUUGGAAGACUUCGAGACGGAGGCCAUGCCCCUCGAAUUGAGCAGAAUGCUUGGGGGAUGUCCGGUGGUCAAGGACGAGUCGAAACGAAUCACAUUGGCAAAGAUGUGCAUCUCGCUGUGCCAGCUUUGUCAGAUCGUCUCGCCUAUAUUCGAUCUGCAGUACACCCUGAGCGCAGCGAAGCUUGGUCUCACACAAGAGACUACUCUCCGCCUAGGACCCAAUACCGCAGCGUCAGACGCCACGGACGUGAAACGUCUCGAUGAUAUGCUCACCACGUGGUACGAAGAACAAGAACAGGACCUACAUUAUUUUGUCCCUGGGACCCAGGAUCGGACCAACAGUAAUGAUGGCGAAGUCAUCAGCUUGCAUCGCGCUUUACUCACUGGUGUGUAUCUGACUUUGACCUCGGCUCUUCAUCGUCCGCAGAUUCUACCAACGAUUCCGACGACUUUCGUUGCCCCAGACUUGCAGGAACUCUCCCGCCAGAAGAUGCGCUCUGCUGCGGAAGACAUCACCGAGAUCUAUAAAGAUUUGUACGCCAGCGAUAUGAUCCGAUACCUGCCCAACACGGGCGUGAGCGUACUCCUGCCCGCCCUCAUCGUCCAUAUGCUGGAUCUCAAGUCGCCUGAUCAAGCCGUCAAGCAAGUCAGCGCUCGAAAAUUCCAGUUCUGUAUGCAGGCUCUGCAGCGAUUGCGGGAGAUGUAUGCCUCGGCGGACUUUGCGUUCUCGUUCCUGGAUGCCGCGGUGCGUCGAGCUGAUGUCAGCGUGCCUCAAGGAGGCCCGAAAACUGCACACCCUGGCCUGCAGCCGCAGGAGAAGAUGGCAGCCUCUCAGCCAAGCCCACCCAUGCUGACGCCGCCGCCAGAGGCGACCUGGACAGCAAACAGGAUAUUGUUUGCCUCUACGAUUUCUCCCGAGGAGCGCAAGCUCUUCACGGAGUUUACACCGCCCAAAUCAGAUUCUUCACUGAACUCAGUGAUGACUGGUGGAGCUGCAGUUGCCCUUACAGACUUACCGAUAUCUGAGGAUGGCGACAGUGAGAGCCUCGAGAGCCAAGCGGAGCAGGAAGCACGACACCUUGAAGAACAGGCGCUUCAUGAUUUCGACACGCUCAUCAAUAUGGAAGGUGGAAAUGAGCCGGAAAUGUUUCAGGAGGACAAAAAUGGGAUCUACGCCGCUAUGAAUGACGCCUGGUUGAAUGGCAUGAAUGAUGAACAAGAACAUGGGCUGGGGAACAAACUUCACUUCGGCGACGGGAACGAUUACGGCAUCACUGGCGACGGCGGUUGUACGCACAAAAAUUCGGAACUACAAGCUCUAUUGGAUCAAUCAGCGAGCGAAAACCAUGGUGAAAACGAUGCCAUGGGUGGGUACCAGGAGGCCAGUAAGAUGACGGGUGAUUUGGACGCGGAUUUGGAGGCCUGGGAUUGA